AUGGACAUCGACUUCGAAGGUUUCCGGUGGUUUCUGGACACAUUUCUCGAAGUAUCAACUCCUGAUGAACUCUCCAGACACUUGUUUCUGUCGUUCGUUCGGAGGGACAAGAGGCCGGCGCUCCGCGAAAUGGCGGCUGCCAGUUCCACUACGGCUUGUGCACCCGUUACUUCACACGGCGACCAUCAGGGAAAAUUAAGCUUGGCUUCGAAAAUCCAUGGACUGGCUGAACGAUUACAACAGCUGGGUAAAAGUUCCGGAGACUCUGGUGAUGGAAGUGAAAAAGGAUCAAGAAGCCGUACUGGGAGCGUACAUCCAAUGUUCUCAGUGACCACGCACCCUUCAUACUCAUCUCAUGAACUUUGCCUGGAUCGACGAAACGAAACCAGUCCUAGUCACAGUCAAAUGUCUAGAAACUCCAGCAGGAAGAGCAGUAAUUCGCUUCGUGUAAAUCAAUCUACUAAAAUUGAAGACUUCAAACAUUUAAUGCGCCGUCCGUCGACUUUAGAAGUACAUACCGCCAGGGUAUCUUUAAAGGAUAUAGUAUGUUAUCUGUCGUUAUUAGAAGCUGGACGGCCAGAAGAUAAAUUAGAAUUCAUGUUCCGGUUAUACGACACCGAUGGCAACGGCGUGCUGGACACCAACGAGAUGGACUGUAUUGUCAACCAAAUGAUGACGGUGGCCGAGUAUCUCGGCUGGGAGACUUCAGAGCUUAGACCGAUUCUGCAAGACAUGAUGGUGGAGAUAGAUUAUGAUGCUGAUGGAACCGUUUCUCUCGACGAAUGGAAAAGAGGAGGUAUGACGACUAUUCCAUUGCUGGUGCUAUUGGGACUUGACACAAACGUUAAAGAGGACGGAGAACACGCGUGGAGACUGAAGCAUUUCAACCGACCAGCCUACUGUAAUCUCUGCCUUAAUAUGCUUGUCGGUUUAGGAAAAAAGGGGUUGUGCUGCAUAUUCUGCAAGUUCACUGUACACGAGCGGUGCGUGCAACGAGCGCCUGCGUCCUGCAUAGCGACGUAUUCCAAACGACGAGCAUCUGCAACUCUUGCACAUCAUUGGGUUGAAGGCAACUGUCAUGGAAAAUGCGCGAGGUGUCGGAAAAAGAUCAAAGGAUAUAACGGGAUUACGGGUCUUCACUGUCGAUGGUGCCAUAUAACCCUGCAUAACCGGUGCGUGGGCAGCGCUGGAGGCGCGUGCACAUUGGGCCGCCAUGCUAAGCACAUCCUGCCGCCCACCGCUAUCCGCCCGCUUGUCCUCGACCGCCAGAGGUCACUGCCGCACCGGACGCAACAAGAUCAGCAUACUCUCCCAGUAUCAAUAUCACUGCCAAUAUCCAUUUCUGCAACAGCAGAAGAAAAAAAGGAAGAUAAGAAGGAACCAAGAGCGCCGCCCAUAUCAUUCCAAAUCACCCCACCUGAAGGCUCUUGUCCACUACUCGUGUUCAUUAAUCCAAAAUCUGGAGGUCGUCAGGGCUCUAGAGUGUUGAGGAAGCUUCAAUAUAUUCUUAAUCCAAGACAAGUGCAUGACAUCACUAAAGGUGGACCAAUGCAAGGUCUACAGAUGUUUAAAGACGUGAAAAACUAUCGAGUAAUUUGCUGUGGAGGAGAUGGCACUGUUGGCUGGGUUCUAGAAACGAUGGACAAAGUGCCCAUGGAGACGCAGCCAGCUGUUGGAGUGAUUCCGCUUGGCACUGGCAACGAUUUGGCACGGUGUUUACGAUGGGGAGGAGGCUACGAGGGAGAAUCGAUACACAAGAUCCUCGACAAAAUUGCCCGCGCAAGUACCGUAAUGAUGGACCGAUGGCAAAUCUACGUUGAAAACACCAAUGCCGAUUGUGAACAGCUUCAGAUGCCAAAUUCGGGGCCUCAUCCCACUUCCGUCCCAUACAACAUUAUCAACAAUUACUUUUCUGUAGGGGUGGAUGCGGCUAUCUGCGUGAAAUUUCACACGGAAAGAGAACGAAACCCGGACAAGUUCAGCUCGCGCAUGAAGAACAAGCUGUGGUACUUCGAGUUCGCGACUUCUGAACAGUUCGCCGCCAGCUGCAAAAACUUGCACGAACACAUUGAUCUUGUGUGUGAUGGAUUGUCUCUGGAACUAAGCAAGGGACCAGCGCUACAAGGGGUGGCACUUUUGAACAUACCGUACGCCCAUGGCGGUUCCAACCUUUGGGGCGCAAGCGGAGCACACCGUCGUGGUCGUUUCCCUAACGCUCAACAAGACAUCGGUGAUAAACUUAUAGAAGUUAUAGGUUUGGAGAAUUGCCUACAUAUGGGACAAGUACGAACAGGUCUUAGGGCAUCAGGACGUCGGCUAGCACAAUGCAGCUCUAUAACAAUAACAACGAAGAGAACUUUUCCGAUGCAAAUUGACGGCGAGCCUUGGAUGCAACCACCUUGCAAGAUAACAAUAACGCACAAAAACCAAGUUCCAAUGCUAAUGGGACCAGCACCUGAAAAGGGACGUGGAUUUUUCAAGCUCUUUGCACACUGCUAA